AUGUCAACUGAAGAUAUUGUGGUUCCCCCAAAAGAUGAAGAGGAGUUGAACCUCGAAAAACUCGUCUUUGGGGAUCAAUCAGGGUUCGAGGCCAAUUUGCGCAAAAUUGAAAAUCUAUAUGAUUAUUCCGAUGGAGAUGAUGAUUUUCUCGACAAGAUAUCCGAGGACGAGGGGUCACUCAUCGACGAAAAUGAAGAUGAUAUGUUUUUCAUCGACGAGGGAGCCAACUCUGCAGUCACUUUUGAGACGGAUAACGACUCGAUGGACGUGGAAAAUGAUCAACACAUUGAGGAGGAAUUUGCUUGGAUGGACUCUGAUGAUGAGAAAAUAGCAGUCUCCGUUACGUCAACACGUUUGAAGAAAUUGCGGGAGACGCAAGAAGAGCAGUCUCUUUCAGGGUUAGCCUACCAGGCCAGAUUGCGGGCUCAAUACGAAAAGAUCUAUCCUAGACCUACUUGGGCCGACAAUUGGGGCAACGAACGGGAGGAUAAUGAUGAAUAUCUUCUGGAAGCUGAAGAAGAUGCACAGGUGGGACUUAAUAUCGCCACUUUGACCGCGAUUCUCAAAUCAACGGACAACUUCCUUCAAGCUUCCACCAAGCUACUCCCUGCGCACAAGAUUGAAAUUCUGCGGCUCAAGGACGCUAACAUAGUGAGGCGAUCUAGGGGUGCUAUACAAAGCAUGGAUUUUCACCCACUGCAUCCACUCUUAAUAACUGGUGGCUUUGACCGCACUCUUCGCAUCUAUCACAUUGAUGGAAAGACUAAUCAGUUUGUUUCUCUGAUUCAUUUACGCGACCUGCCCAUUCAGACAUGUCAAUUUCUGACACUCGAAAACUCAAGUUUAGUUUACAUGGCAGGUCGUAGAAGAUACAUGAAUCGUUGGGAUCUCACAACCGGCGAAGUGGAAAAAAUUCUGAGAAUGUACGGGCAGGAAAAAUUCCAAAAAUCUUACGAAUACUUCAAGAUUUCACCAUUCGGAACUUACAUUGCAUUGCUCGGUUCCUCUGGUUGGGUCAACUUGGUUAGUGGGAAGACCGGCCAAUUUGUAAGAGGCUUUAAAAUCAAUGGCUUCGUGUCAGAUUUUGUCUUUACGCGUGACGAAAAGACUCUUAUUGUCUCUAAUGAGUCUGGCGAGUUCUGGGAAUUUAGCAUGGACACUUCAAGUAACAAACCCUCUUGCCGCUGGACUGAUUCCAGUGCGGUGAAUGUCACCAAAAUUAAACUUGGCGGACCUAGUGAUCGUUGGUUGGCCGUAGGUACAAAAUCUGGUGUUGUCAACAUCUUUGAUCGGUCAACGUUUGAGGGCUUGCAACAUGGCAUGAAUCCCAAACCUUUCAAGGAGGUCACAAAUUUGGUCACUUCAAUUUCUCAUCUUGCAUUUUCUCCCGAUGGCCAAGUUAUGUGCGUCUCGUCUAAGCAAAAGAAAGACGCACUCAAGCUUGUGCACUUGCCUCUGGGAACAGUCUUCUCGAACUGGCCCACCAGUGGCACACCAUUGGGCCGUGUAACUGUUGCUGAAUUCUCACCAAACAGUCAAAUGUUGGCCAUUGGAAACGAUACCGGAAAAGUAACUUUGUGGCGUUUGAAUCAUUACUGA